AUGUCUUCCCAAUCUUCUUCAUGGACGCCAAACAUCACUCUGACACCAUUUCGUCAGGUCGAGAAGCACUUCAAGAACCGCGCUAUCAAAGGCCGACUACCCUCGCUUCGCAAGUACCCGGUCGUCGACCACUCCAGGCCGGAAAAGGUGGAAGAUGACCUGCUUUGGUUAGCGGGAUGGUGGUCCCCUGAGAACGAUGCAGCUGAGAUGGACCCAUCCGCGAGGCGGCGCGCCAAAGGCAAGGCCAGGGCUCUGGGGGAGAGGCCUGGUGAUAUCAUGCAAGGGAGUGUGAGGUCCAUCCGGCUGUCGAGUGGAAAGAAGGGAUAUGUCGUUGCGGACGGAUGUAUCCUCAUACCCGGCUAUCUGAACCAGCAGCAGCAGCUCGACCUCCUCGAAGCCUCUCUAUCGAAGUAUACCCGCCCACCGAACCCGCUAUCUCUGUCGACACACUACAAUCUCCCUCCGGACCUGUUCGAGCGGUACGAAUCCGGCUCAUCAGAGCUCAUCUAUCCAAUCUUUGACGGUCUCACCUCGUCCGAACAGGACGAAGUCCGAGCUGCAGCGGCUAGUCGUGAUGGCCAACAAGCACUCGAAGGACAGGCAGGGCAGGAUCUAGGCGUGGAAGAGAUUCUGAACAGGCAGAAAGCUUGGAAGGGGGACUUACCGGCCGAGGGGCUGGUGCCUAAGACCGCUGAGGGCUUGAUGGGGGAUCUGAGAUGGACGAAUCUGGGUCUGGUAUACAAGUGGACAACCAAGAUGUAUGACCUCGAUCCGGCCGCUGCUAUCCCCUUCCCUUCCGAGCUGGCUACUCAGUGUCGCGACAUGAUACGGGAGGUGGACUGGCGGGAGGUCUGCAGUGAUGUCGAGAUGGAGAGAACAGGCGCUGCGAGAUGGGCAGAAGACUAUGUGCCCGACACAGGUAUCGUCAACUUUUACCAGAUGAAAGAUACGAUGAUGGGGCAUGUCGAUCGCGCCGAACUGGACCCAUAUCGCCCACUCAGCUCCAUCUCUCUCGGCCACGCCGCCGUCUUCCUCCUCGGCUCGGACUCGCGCGAUGUCGCCCCAAGGCCGAUAAUACUCCGCUCGGGAGAUGUGAUACUGAUGAGCGGGUCGGGGCGGCAGCGGUAUCAUGGCGUCCCGAGAGUACUGGAAGGAACGCUGCCGAGCCAUUUUGACCCGGAUGAGACGGACAAUUCGAGCAUGAAAGCGGCGAAGCGGUGGAUAGCUACGGGGAGGAUCAAUGUCAAUGCCCGGCAGGUGUACCCGCCUGGUCUGAAGCGAAAUGGGGAGAUGCGUCCUGGUUCAUAG